AAAGAGACCGCAAACUUGUAAUCAAACUUAGCUCGCACACAUUGACAAGAUGAAGAUGUGGGUCUUAUCCUCUGCUACUCCUUCUGCUUAUCCUGCGCACUCCCUGAAGGUUUCCAUGCCCACUCAUUCAAGUUCGCAAGUUUCUUUCCAUCACCUUGAUAACCCAUUUGUUCCUGAGCAGGUUGCAAAAGCCCUAGAUUCCUUGUACACAGAAUUCAGAGCAGUGGACAAUUUGGUGGCAUGCAAUACCUCCCGUGUUCUCAAAGCUUUCCAGAAUGCUCGUGUUGGAUCUCAUCAUUUUGGAGGAUCUACUGGCUAUGGUCAUGAUGAAGCUGGGGGGCGUGAAGCACUUGACCAAGCUUUUGCAGAAAUUGUAGGAGCUGAAUCUGCAAUAGUUCGUUCCCAGUUUUUCUCAGGAACCCAUGCUAUCACUUGUGGUUUGUUUGCUUUCUUGAGGCCAGGGGAUGAGCUCUUGGCAGUUGCUGGUCCUCCUUAUGAUACCUUAGAGGAAGUUAUUGGAAAGCGCGACUCUCAUGGACUAGGUUCUCUGAAAGAUUUUGGAGUCAAGUACCGAGAAGUUCCACUUGCUGAAGAUGGUGGACUUGACUGGGAUGCCCUUUUGACUGCUCUGAAACCUGAAACAAAGUGUGCACUCAUACAGAGGUCUUGUGGUUAUUCAUGGCGUCGAAGUUUAAGUGUAAAUGAGAUAGGGAGGGCUAUAAAGAUAAUUAAGAUGCAAAAUCCUAACUGCUUGGUCAUGGUGGAUAAUUGCUACGGUGAAUUUGUUGAACAAAUUGAACCCCCAAUGGUGGGUGCAGAUCUGAUUGCAGGCAGUUUGAUUAAAAAUCCCGGUGGAACCAUUGCACCAUGUGGUGGAUAUGUUGCAGGGAGGAAAAAAUGGGUAGAAGCAGCAGCAGCUCGUCUUUCUGCACCAGGGCUUGGGAUAGAUUGUGGCUCAACCCCUGGUGAUAUUAUGCGAACUUAUUUCCAGGGGCUGUUCCUUUCACCUCAAAUGGUUGGUGAGGCAAUCAAGGGUACCUUUCUGAUAGCUGAAGUCAUGGCAUCUAAAGGGUAUAAAGUGCAGCCUCUACCUCGUUUGACACGUCAUGAUACUGUUCAGGUAGUACAGCUAGGAAGCCGAGAGCGCCUUAUUGCUUUCUGCGAGGCUGUACAAAGAAGCUCACCAGUCAGUUCGUUCACCAAACCAGUUGCUGGCGCAACUCCUGGAUAUGCGUCAGAGGUGAUCUUUGCGGAUGGAACAUUCAUAGAUGGAAGUACAAGUGAGUUAUCAUGUGAUGGGCCAUUGAGAGAGCCAUUUGCUGUGUUUUGCCAGGGAGGCACGCAUUGGACUCAAUGGGGCCUAGUUCUGGGAGAGGUUCUGAAAUACAUGUGACCUAAAUUUGAUUUUAACCAGCAAGAGAGAGCCACAUUUGUUUGCAAAUUUAUUUUUUUUCAGCCAUUUCUCAUUGUCUUUCACUGAAAGCAGAGUCUCAGCCUAACUGUGGGGAUGAGCAGAGUCUCUGUAGAGAUCAUUGUCAAUGGCUUAAAAUGUCACAAACUGCUUUGGGUGAUGGUGGGCAAUGACAAGUUUUGGGUUGUAAAUACAGAUGCAAAAAGUUUUCUUUUUGCAGUGAUCCAGUUCCA